UCUGCCAUCGGAGCAGGAAGUUUGUAGCUGUCGCCGUCGCUGCCUCCUCCGCCUCCGCCUCCGCCUCCCCCUAGGCCGCCGAGGCCGAGGGUUUGUUCCCGCGGCCACAGACCGCUCGUUCGUUGCUUUCACCCCGGCCGCGACAACGCGGGCCCUCAGCCGCCAUGCAUGACGCCUUCGAGCCGGUGCCAAUCCUGGAGAAGCUGCCGCUGCAGAUCGACUGUCUGGCGGCUUGGGGAAUCUGAUCUUGGGCUGCAUUCCUCCCUGACACUUUAGUUUACCGUGCUAAUCAAAGACUCCUAAUGGAGGAAUGGCUUCUCGUGGGAACCAAACAAGGUCAUCUCCUCCUCUACAGAAUUCGGAAGGAUAUUGGUUGCAACAGAUUUGAAGUAACUCUAGAAAAAUCCAACAAGAACUUCUCCAAAAAGAUUCAGCAGAUCCACGUGGUUUCCCAGUUUAAGAUUCUGGUCAGUUUGUUAGAAAAUAACAUUUAUGUUCAUGACCUAUUGACAUUUCAACAAAUCACUACUGUUUCAAAGGCAAAGGGGGCAUCUCUGUUUACCUGUGACCUCCAGCACACUGAAACAGGGGAGGAGACGCUGCGGAUGUGUGUGGCCGUGAAGAAGAAACUCCAGUUGUAUUUCUGGAAGGACAGAGAGUUUCAUGAACUACAGGGGGACUUUAGUGUACCAGAUGUGCCCAAGUCUAUGGCAUGGUGUGAAAAUUCCAUUUGCGUGGGUUUCAAGAGAGACUAUUAUCUAAUAAGGGUGGAUGGAAAAGGGUCCACCAAAGAGCUCUUUCCAACAGGGAAACAACUGGAGCCCUUGGUGGCACCUCUGGCAGAUGGAAAAGUAGCCGUCGGUCAGGAUGAUCUCACUGUGGUAUUGAAUGAGGAGGGCACCUGUACGCAGAAGUGUGCCCUGAAUUGGACAGAUAUACCAAUUUCCAUGGAGCACCAGCCUCCGUAUAUCAUCGCAGUGUUGCCUCGGUAUGUGGAGAUCCGGACAUUUGAGCCCCGGCUGCUGGUGCAGAGCAUUGAGUUACAGAGACCCCGCUUCAUUACCUCAGGAGGUUCGGACAUCGUCUAUGUGGCCAGCAAUCAUUUCGUCUGGCGGCUCAUCCCUGUCUCUAUAGCAACCCAAAUCCAGCAGCUUCUCCAGGACAAGCAGUUCGAGCUGGCCCUGCAGCUGGCGGAAAUGAAAGAUGAUUCUGACAGUGAGAAGCGACAGCAGAUACAUCACAUUAAGAACCUGUUUGCUUUUAAUCUCUUCUGUCAGAAACGUUUCGAUGAGUCCAUGCAAGUCUUUGCAAAACUUGGCACAGAUCCCACCCACGUGAUGGGUCUGUACCCUGAUCUGCUGCCCACUGAGUACAGGAAGCAGCUGCAGUAUCCCAACCCGUUGCCAGUUCUCUCUGGGCCUGAACUAGAGAAGGCUCAUUUGGCUCUCAUUGACUACCUGACUCAGAAAAGAAGCCAGCUGGUGAAGAAGCUCAAUGACUCUGACCAUCAGUCAAGCACCUCCCCCCUCAUGGAAGGCACCCCCACGAUCAAGUCCAAGAAGAAGCUCCUGCAGAUCAUAGACACCACCCUGCUCAAGUGCUACCUGCAUACAAAUGUGGCCCUGGUGGCUCCAUUGCUGCGUCUGGAGAACAAUCAUUGCCACAUUGAAGAAAGUGAGCACGUGUUGAAGAAGGCUCAUAAGUACAGUGAGCUGAUCAUCCUUUACGAGAAGAAGGGGCUUCACGAGAAAGCUUUGCAGGUGCUGGUGGACCAGUCUAAAAAAGCCAACUCCCCCCUGAAAGGCCACGAGAGGACAGUGCAGUAUCUGCAGCACCUGGGCACAGAGAACUUGCAUUUAGUGUUCUCCUACUCUAUCUGGGUGCUGAGAGACUUCCCAGAAGAUGGGCUGAAAGUAUUUACUGAAGAUCUCCCUGAAGUGGAGGCUCUACCACGGGACCGGGUGCUGAACUUCUUAAUAGAAAACUUCAAGGGCCUGGCUAUUCCUUAUUUGGAACACAUCAUCCAUACCUGGAGAGAGACAGGUUCUGAGUUCCACAACUGCCUUAUCCAGCUGUACUGUGAGAAGGUCCAAGGACUAAUGAAGGAUUACCUCAGCUCCUUCCCUACAGAUAAAACUCCAGUCCCUGCUGGCAGUGAAGAGGGGGAGCUGGGAGAAUACCGGCAGAAACUCCUCAUGUUCCUGGAAAUCUCUAGCUGCUAUGAUCCAAGUCAGCUCAUCUGCGACUUCCCUUUUGAUGGUCUCCUAGAGGAAAGAGCUCUCCUUUUGGGGCGAAUGGGGAAACACGAACAAGCCCUCUUCAUUUAUGUCCACACUCUGAAGGAUACAAGGAUGGCUGAAGAGUACUGCCAUAAACACUACGACCGAAACAAAGAUGGCAACAAAGAUGUGUAUCUCUCCCUGCUUCGGAUGUAUCUGUCCCCACCUAGUGUACACUGCUUGGGACCGAUCAAGAUGGAGCUGCUGGAGCCCCAAGCCAAUCUCCAGGCCGCCCUGCAGGUGCUGGAGUUACACCACAGCAAGCUAGAUACCACCAAGGCCAUCAACCUCCUUCCUGCCAACACUCAGAUUAACGAGAUACGCAUCUUUCUAGAAAAGGUCCUGGAAGAAAACGCACAAAAGAAACGUUUCAAUCAAGUCCUCAAAAACCUUCUUCAGGCCGAGUUCCUAAGGGUCCAGGAGGAGCGCAUUUUCCACCAGCAAGUGAAGUGUAUCAUCACGGAGGAGAAGUUGUGCAUGGUGUGUAAGAAGAAGAUAGGGAACAGCGCGUUUGCCAGGUACCCCAACGGAGUGGUUGUACACUACUUCUGUUCCAAAGAGGUCAACCCAACGGACACCUGAACUGGAGCCACGCUGUGAGGUCAGCAGACCACCUGCGUUUCCCAGAAGAAUGAAAGGAGUGGAAGCUCCUUAAAAAAUGAGAAUGCCUCUAAGAGGAGUCUUCUCAUUUGGACACUACUCGGUACCUUACAGCCCAGAGCAUCUCUGGACUAACUCUACUCACAACCCUGACAACGUUGGCUUUUUAAGAGGAAAAAAAAAUGACUCAUAUGCUUAAGUUGCUGGCAACUUCACAAAAUCUCUUUGAUACUUAGGAUGUGAGGUAGAUGCAUCUUCCAGUGUUUGCAUUGCUAUGCACUAAGAAAACUUGUUUGGAGCAUUUGUAACUGAUGGGGAAUUUUUCCUUUAAGAACCCUUUUUACAAAGGUAAAUGCAUGUCUUCACAAAGACUUGGAGGCCAGACUGACUGGUGAGUCCAGUGAGAAGAGAAAAUUCUGGGAGCUGCACCAUGUAUGUAGACAGAGCAGCUAGCUUUCUAUUUAAGGAUUUUUUUUUCCCUCUGUCUAGUAUCGGUGCUAGACACUCCCAAGACAUUUCCCUCUCUACUACCUCCCCCUUAUCUUUGUCUCACUUUCAUUUGAUUGCUUUUUCCUUCUCCCUUUCUUCCAUGAUUCCUGAGGUCAGGAAUGACUAGUAUUUGGCACUAUGUUAUGUUUGACACACAAGGGGUUAAAUCUCCAGAAUUUUUGUAUCAGCUCUGCAAGUGUUAGGGGAUGUGGGUGAGAAAUGUAAAUAUGUCCUAUUUGCACUGCACAAUCAAUCACUCCUCCCUUCAUGAAUGGGAGACCAGGAGGGCAUCGUUACCUUUCUAGGAAAGGAAUCUUAUGUCCACCCUCUGUCCAGUGGAGAAUGUGGGUCCUGCCAAGUUAUGACAUCAUAAAGAUUGGACCAGCAUCUGAGCUCUUGAUGUGAGGUCAUAUUCUCAGACCCCUACAGUGUUGGAUUUUCCUAGCUCAUCCACCAGUAGCAAAGUUAAAGUUGGUUUAAUAUUUGUAGAUGAUGUUAUACCUUGUUUCAGCUAUCUCCUCUCCCUCCUACUGGCUAGGUCCUGCUUGCAAGCCAUGCAAAAUAAGCCUGAUUGUCAGUUCAAGGGGCUUGCAUUGCAAUAUUGUAGGCGGUUGGGUCUCUGACACAUUAUAGAAAUGAACCAGUCAAGAACUAUAGUAAAGCCAUCUCAAGUACAUUCGUGAUCAUAUUCAGGGAGGGAUAGGAGAAAGGCAACAGCAGCAAAUGGGCUUUUAAAGUUCACCCUCCCUCCUUUUCCCCCAAGGUUAGGCUGUAUUCUUGCCACCCCAGGAUCACUUGUGGUUCCCUGGAGUACAAUUCGCAGCACCCCCUCAGUUUAAAGGAUCAGGACCUACCAUCUCUGCAGUCCCAAUAGGCCAAGGACACAAAGGAGAAUGGAAUCCUACGUCCCCACCUUAAUGGGGAUUCUUUACACUUGACAGCUUCAGUUUUGUUGCCCUGAUACCUUUAGUGGAUUGUCUGAAGCAGAGCUGAGUGAUAUGGGACAGUGAAUCCCUUCCUCCUCACUGACUGUAGUGGCCAACUCUGUUUGCUUUACCGAUGCGAUGACCUGACCUUGUUUUCACUGUGGCAUUUUGGAAUUUCUUUCCCUGUAAUGUCAGCAUUGCCUUUAAGCUUGUGGGGGUCUAUAGACUCUGUUGCUGGGGGGGGGACUAGUGAUGGACUGAAGGGGUCCCAGUCUUCCACAUGGACCUGUGUGUACUAUCUGAAGAUGUAUUCCUAGCCCCUAGCUCAGCUAUAAUAUUUUGGCUAAUUAUUGAGAACAGUGAUGGAAACAACUGGGAAUAGGUCAGUGAGAAUGAGGAGGCUUUUGGGAGAGCCGUGAAGAAAGCAAACAGGAAGAGACAGGACCAGUUACCAAUUUGUCCACGUGUACAUAGCAGUAAAGAAGAGUCCUGGGACUCAGCUGCCAAGAAGGUAGCUUGGAGGUGGGUGACAGGCCUCUCCUCCACUUUCCUGCCGAAGCCCUCCUAGAGGCAUAGCUCCUGCUGCACUUCUGUCUCUGCUUUCAUUUAUGGUGAGCCAGAUUUGUUCAAAGCAAUAGAAUAAAGAUUAUGUGUGGUCUCACACGUAGCCGGCUGCUGCUUUGUCAACUCCAUCCCUCUUCCUUUAGUCCUCUUUGGGCCAUACCCUUUCCUAGCACCUACUUUUGGCAGACUUCAACCCAGUACGGGGUGUGCGCUGCCAUAGUUAUCUUCAUUGUGUGUGAAAUUGUCACAGCUACUAAGUGAGGUGUGGGAAAGGCAGUGGGGAAUCACAGCUUUUAUGGGUCGAGCUGGUGAUGACGAUCUCUUGUUCCCUUCAAUAAUGAUAAUAAUAAUAAUAAAAUUUAA